GUCUUUGUGGAAAUGAGAAGGAAAGAGUUCUGAACAGUUCUGAAGAAAGGAAAGGCACCCAAUGAACAUUUGAGAGAGCUGGUCUGCCGCAGGAAACGAAACCGGACGGACAGAAUAUAUUAUUGCCUGCAAUGAGUCUGAAAUUCAAGCAAUACUACAGCUAAAUGAAGCUGUGUAAGUUCUUCAGAUGACCAUCUCGUCUCCAAGGGUGGAGGGAAACUCUGAAAAGGAAAACAUAGCGGAUAGAAGGGACCAAGAUCUGCUCUGCGAGGAUCUUCAGUCCAUCUUGGUUUAAGCAGGGAACCUCCCUGACCGUUUUGUUCAGACGGAGAGGAAUUCUUACGAGGUUUUACGCCAUUUUUUGAACUGGUGCUUACCUUCUCAGAGGUAAAAAAAUAUGUGUCAUGUUAUUGUAACAUGCCGCUCCCUGCUGUGGACCCUGCUCAGUAUCAUGGUAGCCUUCAUGGAGCUUGUCGCCUUCAUGAGCCCCGACUGGCUUCUGGGACACCCAAAGUCGGAGCCAGAUGUAAACAAGGGAGAAUUGGAUGUAAGGGGGUACCGGUCAUCUCUUGGCCUCUACAGCCGCUGCCUUCCCAUCGGGGCCUAUGGAGUUGGGGUCAGCUGUGGGCCGUACACAGACACAUUUGAGGAAGUGGCCAGUAAAUUCUGGCAGGCCGCCAUGUUGUUUCUGGCUGCUGGGACACUGGUGCUCGGGUGUGUCGCUUGCAUCUCCAUCUUCACGUUGUGUUUUCAAAGCAUCAAGAAGAAGAGCCUAUUCAAUAUCUGUGGACUGCUCCAGGCUAUUGGAGGCCUGCUGCUCAUGGUUGGCCUGAUGCUGUACCCUGCAGGCUGGGGUUCGGAAAAGGUGAUGCAGUUCUGUGGAAAGGAGGCCUCGCCCUUCAGGCCUGCCCUGUGCUCACUUGGCUGGGCCUUCUAUGCAGCGAUAGGAGGAACGCUUGCAACUUUUCUUUGCUCUGUCUUGUCUGCACAGGCCGAGAUCGCCACAUCCAGCGAUAAGGUUCAGGAGGAGAUCGAGGAGGGGAAAAGCCUUAUCUGCCUGUUUUGAGCCUUAAAGAAAUGUCCAGGAAGAGCAGGAAAUCACCUUUGGCGGAAUUUUCAGGGUGUGCACACUUGUAGAUAUGAAUGGAAGGAAGAGAAGGACUUCCCUCAGGGUUUUCCCAUUCUGGAUAAAAGAGUGUUACAGAAAAAAAAAAAAAAAAAGCUUGUGAUAUUAAGUAGAAAAAUUUCUAUUUUUCUAUCAA